UUUAACCUUUUCCCACUUUACAAUACUAUUCGACACCAUCUCUCCGACCCCGAGCAAAGCCUUGGGUCUGCGCGCGCCAACCAAAUGCAUGAAUGAAUCCUGCAUCACGCUCGAGCAACCGGUCAACCCUCGCCUCUUUUGCAGCGCGUCAUUCAUCUGUUUUAUCUAGUCCAACUAUAUCAAGACACGUCGUUCUGCAGGCACUACAACUUUGUUCCACGCUUCGCCUUUCCCGCCGCUCCCACAGGCAGCCAAGGCACAGGCCGUGGUCGUCGCGCUGCUCGCCUGAUUCCGAAUGUAUUCCACCGAGCCCAACGGCGCUGAGGGGGCGACCAUCAAUCCGGCGACAAUCAACCCUGCUGCUCUCAAUUCUGAAUUAGUAAACCCGAACGCCCGAGGACUUAAGCGGAGUCGCUCGCCCGAGUCGUAUCAAGACGCGCAGCCGUCAGGAACGCCCGGAGACGAUGGUUCCGACAAACCGAGAAAGCGUGGACGACCGAUGAAGCCUCGAUCGUCUGGAGGACUACCCGAUCCGCCGAAUCAGACGCCGCACAUGAUGCCCCCGAUGCAGCAGCAGCAGCAACAACAGCAGCAACACAUGCCGCCGCAACAAACAAUGACGCCCCAAACACCCCAAUCGCGGAAUGCGCCCUUGCCCGGACAGGCUGGGAAUUACACGCCAGCCCAGCCACAGAUAUCCCCACCUCCGAAAACCACACCAACCAAGACGACGCUGAAGGCCUUGCCCACGGUGCGUGAUCACACAACGGACCAGCUGGGGCCUGGCGGAGACGAAUACAUUCCGCGAGAGACAGACGAAGCCGGCGAAAAGAAGGUGAUGCCAAACGGUCAACUACUUGGUAGCCGCGAAUAUAGGUGUCGAACUUUCUUGGUUCCCAACCGCGGAGACAAGUUGUUCAUGUUGGCAACAGAAUGCGCUAGGGUAUUGGGAUACCGGGACUCGUAUCUGCUCUUCAAUAAGAACAGGUCGCUGUUCAAGAUCAUCGCAAACCAGAUUGAAAAAGAUGAUUUGGUGCAACAGGAAAUUCUGCCAUUCAGCUACCGAUCCCGACAAAUAGCAAUUGUCACGGCUCGGUCCAUGUUUCGACAAUUUGGAAGCAGGGUCAUCGUAAACGGUCGCAGAGUGCGCGACGACUACUGGGAGGGCAAAGCUCGUAAGCAGGGCUUCACCGAAGCAGAUUUGGCCGGCGAGAAGAGACCAGGUGGUGCGAACAAGGUCCGAGAAGCAGCUGCCGAAGCUGCGAACAACCCGCCCGCCAUGGUAGGCGGUCCUCAUGGCGAGAUUGUGUACGCCAAUCCUCCAGGCCACUUUGGUGGUGCUCCACAGCCCCAACUCGUUCAACCAGAUAUGAAUGACACAAGGACGCGAGACUACAGCAACUAUAUCAAAGGAGGCCCCCGCCAGGAGAUUGCAGGCUCCGCCUAUCAGGAUAGGACUCAGCCAAGUCCUUUGGCGGAAAUCCAUGCGCAGGCACACUACACCGCCGAGUUCAACCGUUCCGUCAACCAGGGACGCGAGAUGCGAACCGACUACAUACAGAAUCUCUGGCGAAGACCGCACGAGCAGCCAAGCUCGGCGGCGCCUGCUACGACCACGGAUGCGUCAGUGCCGCAGACGACACAGGCAGGUCAGUCACCUCACGUGUCGAACGCGACCAUGCAACAGCCGACAUCCGGCAUGGUCCCAAACCAGAGUCCGCAGAUGAUGAUGACCGCUCCGCCGUACUCUCAGUCCAUGCAUGCGCAGCAGCCCAUCAGUCAGGCGCCACUGAGAGGCAUGCCUCAGGCUUCUAAUCAGAAGCAGUCGAGGCAGCCGAGUCUGCAAUCUAGCGUCCCCAGCAAUCUUCCCCAGGGCCAACCCCAAUACAACUACGGCGCACAGAAUCCGAUGUGGGCCCAACACCCUCAAACUCCGCAGACUCCUCAACAGUACUCUGGUUAUACUACUCAAGCGCAACAGUCUCCUCAUCCCCAGCAAUCGCCCGCUCCCCAACUGCGUCAUCCCUCGGGAACCCCUCAAAUGCAACCCGCCACUAUGCAGUAUCCCGGCAUGCCAGCGAUGCAGCAGGGCUAUCCCAACUCAGGUCAGGGAAUGUAUCCGCCAGAUCAGACCCCAAGGCAGUUCAUGCCCCAGAAUCCGAGUGGGGCCCCGGCAGUCACUCAAGGCUGGUCCAACCCGCAAACAUCGACGACCGGUAACUGGUGGGCCAAUCAGCCUCAAUGAGCGCGCGUCUCAUCCCGAAGUGUUCUAGCACAUGAAUUUUACUACCAUCGUCCCGGCAUCACUGAUGACAAAGCUAGCUAUGCUGUCGUGAAUAGUGGCUCGGCAUCUCGACCCUCUUCCGUAUGGCCAAGAACUUGAACUUGGGCAACCGUACCGAAUCUCGGCCGUUCGAGCAGCCUCCUGCCG